CAUGUCAGGGGGAAGUAGGCAGACAGGAUAGGGUGGAACCCUGGGUUGGGGGGAAGGGGAAGCCUCAUCUUGAUGCACAUUGAUUCCUGAAUGGUAAAGUGUGAGAGGGAGACUUGAAGCGGGCAGCAUCACAAGUGACCUCAUGGAGUCCCAGGCUGCUGCAAAGGGAAUAUUUCCAUCCUUUCCUCAGACAAGCCCCAUUGUCAUCCCACAGGGGUCAACGGUACAAUCUUACCAAUUGAAGGCAUCUCUGCAGAAAUUCCUGAGAGCGGAGCCCAAGGCAUUGGGGACUGUCCAGAUCCUGAUUGCCCUGAUGAACCUUGGCUUAGGAAUGCUCAUCACUUUCCUUCCUUGGAACUUUUAUGGAGUGAACUAUUUUCUAUGGCCAAGUGGCUACAUAUUUUGGGGAUCAGCAUUUUUCAUCAUCUCCGGCACCCUCUCCAUUGCUGCAGAGAACAGAAUGACAAAUACUCUGGUCCAAAGCAGCCUUGCAAUGAACAUUGUUAGCUCCGUGGUGGCUGGGCUGGGAAUCAUCUUUUUCUCACUCAACUUGGUAAUGUUUGAACAUGCCCACUACUAUUACUGUCACCAAGAAGGUUACUAUGUUGUCUGUGCUUUUAGUCACCUUCUAUUACUGCACAACAUGCAUCAGUUCAAAUUAGAAGUGGAACAGUUGUUUGAACUCAGAAGAUAUUCUCAAGAAGGACCACUCCUCCUGUUAAAAAUAAGCAGUUCCUGAAACAGAAAUAAGAUAUUGAAGUCUACAGUUCCCUUGAUUGUAACCUGCCCUGGACUCAUCUAGUCCUUUCAUGCAUCUCUUACUACCCUAGGAUUUGAAGUGUGUGCCCACUUUCUGUGUGAACACUACAUGCAUUGGUGGAACAGCGAGAUUGACUGUGUUAAGUGGAAUGUUAUAUAAGUAUUAUGUGUUUACUUCGCAUUUUCAACAAAUGUUUGAACUAAAUUCAACUGAGUUUUAAUGUCUCUUUUGUUCACUAGUCAGGGUUCAGGUGCGCGCUGUCAGUAGGAAUUGUCCACAAACGUCAUUGUAGAAACCUGAGAGUGGUGAGUUGUAUCAACAUCUCUUCCUCAGGUGAAAUCUUUGCUUGCUAUUAUGGCAAUGGGUUGAGAGGAAAUGAGUCACAGAAGAAGAAAGUUAAGUGCCUUUAUGAGGCCUGGGGUGUGGAGAGGCAAUCAGACGAGGUUAUUUUUUCAGUCUGUCAUCCAAAAGGCUUCAUAAUCCUUGAUAAUGCUAAUAUUGUAAAAAAAUAAAUAAAUCCGUGGUACCAAUUGGAUCGGUUAGAUUGUGGGGAGUAGUCAUUCCUGGAGGAUGAAGGGCUGAAGUCUAGCAUGCUCCAUUAUAGUUCUUCAUUAAUGUUAAUUAUUUAAUAUUGAUUGAUUAAUUUUACAAUGAUCAUUUGCUUUCAGGUACAAAUCAGCAUGACCUUUAACAUAGUGCUAUGGUGGUAGGACUCGAUAACUUUUCUAAUUGUGAACCAACCCUGCAAUUCUGCUAUAAAUACAACCUGGUUAUAGUAUAUAAUCUUUGUAAUUUAUAGUUAUAGUCUUUUUGCUAAGAUUGUAUUUAUAUUUUUUUCAUCAAAUAUUCAUUAGGGAUAUUGGUUUAUGAUUUUAUUUCUCUGUUUUAACUAUCCCUGAUUGACAUUUUACAUUGAUAUUUAUAUCACAGGAACAAUUUGAUAGGAC